CUCUGCAAGACCGACUCGACAUGUGCGGGGGACAAUGCAUUUCACGAUCCUUCGACCAAACAUUAACGGCGACGAGGGCAAUUCGGAAUCGCUAUCACAGCCAAGCCGGACCAAGUCUUGGUAGUAACAUGAUCUGUGGACCAUCGUCACUUCUCACCGCUCGAAUGACCGUCCCAAGCCCAUAUUCUUGCCAAGAUCCCGUCACCGUUGUUGACCAACCUCCGGUAUAAGGGUUGCUGACCUCCGCCAUGCGGGUGACAUCCUUGUCGAUCCCUCAACAUGCCAUCAUUGCCAUGACCGCACCUUAACUUCAUCGUCAGUCUGUUUGACGAAAGGGCUUCUUGCCUUCACAAGAUCCGCCAUUGCUCCUCACAAUGUGCACCUACGACUACACGCCGUAUACCGGCUGCGAGGAUGGCCCGCAGCACUACUACAUCCAAUGGCUGAAGUGCGGUAUCGCGGUCGAGGAGGGCAGGUAUUGCUCAAUGGACACCUCAUCCAAAGUUGAACAGCUCAGGAAGCUGUCAGCCAACGUCCUGUCCUGCCCACUUCACGGACCCAUUGCCGUGCAACAAUUUGUUCUCGAACCGGCAAACCAGCAGCCGGUAGACGAGGACGAGCCCGAGCGGUCCCGAGCGCGGAGUUCUGCUCGGCGGAGCGCAGCCUCGAGGGGCAGGGCGCCCAGGACAGCCGGUUCCGACAGGGACCCGGAGCAACCGGCACGUCGGCCGGUGCGCAAGCAGAGGUCAAGACGCGAGAUGGCCCCGGAAUCGUCCGAUUCAGAGUCUUCAAGCUCUUUUUCGGCCCGCCGCCCCAGGGUUGCCAACAGGGGGAAGAGGAUGACCGACCGAGAGGCCAUGGGGAGGCGGCGGAGUCGGACGCCUCAGGCCAGUUCACACCAAAGAUCGAUAUCGGCCGACAUUGCGCCCCCGCCUCCUUUGCCCUUAUCCAUGCGACAUGGCCGGAGCGAAGUUUCGUUGCCGCUGAGAACGGAUUUUGAGGGGCAAAGGGAGGACCACCAAAAAUCCUUCAACGGGCGUCCCCAAUCGCGCCCAAAGAACUCGAUCGAUAUCCCGCGAACUAUCGGCGUUGUCGGGCUGCCUUCCAGCCCCGACAUGCACCACCGAGGUAGCGUUCAUCGAAGCAGGAGUGAGGCGGGAUUGACGGCAGGCGUCGAUUUGUUGCCGGAGCUGCCAGUCCAGAAAGGUCCCCUGUCACCCGCCAGCGACAGCUCCCCAGACCAGAACCCAGACAUGCCGUUCAGCACUCCAGGGCGUCGGGGCCGCAGGACGGGGCCACGGUCAGUCCGUGACCGGAGCGUGGACACCACCAUGCGGAGGAUCGACGAACAUGAGGUCCAAGAUCCCGAGACCCGAAACUCGACCACCACGGCAUCGCCCGAACCACAACACCCAACACAGUACGCAACCGCCCACAUCCCCCACCACCGGCGCUCCAACUCCCGCCCACAGCUCAACAACCUCCAAAUCCCCAAGAACCGCGAGCCAUACCAACGCGACGCCUACUCGGCCCCGACCGCCACGCCGCCCGAAACCGAGAUCAGCCACCCAGACCGCAGCAUACCACGCACCCGCGCGCGCUCCCUCCGGCACAUCGACACCUCCCCCGUAUCCCCCACCACGAUCCUCCCGCCCCCGCAACUCCCAACGCACACCUCCGCCCGCUCCUCCGAAGCCGGCAGCGGCGAGACGGCCUCGAUCCGCAGCACCCGCUCCCGGCGCUUCGAGGACCAGGUCGCCGAGGGCCGCAAGUGGGCCGCCGCGCGCGAGCACCACAUCCCCCCGCCGCCUACUUCUUCUACACCCACCCCCCCGCCGCUACCCGAUGUGCUGGCGCACAUGUCCUCGCUGUCCGACACGAACCUGCCUCUGGGAGGGGCGGGUGUGGGUGUGGGUGUGGGUGUGGGGAUGGGUGCCGGCGCGGCGUGGGCGGGCCGCGGGUCGGUGGACAGCGGGUAUCUGAGCGGACACCAUACCCAGCGCAGCUGGGAGACGGUCGGGGUGUCUUCGGCGGCGGUGUCGGCGGCGGGGGAGGUCGGUGUGGGUUCGGGUGUGGGUGCGGGUGCGGCGGGGAGUAAUGGGAAUGGGAAUGGGAAGGGUGGGCGGAAUACGCUGCACAAGACGCCGCCCCCGUCAGCGCAGGCGCAGGGUCAAGGGGCGGGGUUGGCGCAUGGCGGAGCGCCACAGCAGCAGCAGCAGCAGCAGCAGAAGCGACCGGUGCCGGCGCCGUUGAACUUGCACCACCACCACCAGCAGCAGCACGGGGGUGCGGGGGCGGGGAGCGGGCUGCCGCCGUGUGCGCUGCCGGUGUCGCUGAUGUCGCCCGGGUUCCAGUCCGAUGCGGAUGCGAGUUCCGCGGGCAAGGGCGCCAAGGCCACGCUGCUGCAGAGGAUGGGGCUGAGGAGGAAGUUUAGCGGGUUGGUGGGGUGGGAUAAGGACCGCGGCGGCGGGCGGGAGGUUGGCGUGGAGGGGUGA